UUUUUUUUUUUUUUUGAGACAGGGUUUCUCUGUAUAGCCCUGGCUGUCCUGGAACUCACUUUGUAGACCAGGCUGGCCUCGAACUCAGAAAUCUGCCUGCCUCUGCCUCCCAAGUACUGGGCUUAGGCGUGUGCCACCACACCCAGCUAAUUUUGGAGGAGGGUUUUCACAAGGCUUUAGUGGACACCAUGGUCCUAUCAGACACAAUUUAAAGAGCUGGAGACACUGCAGCUCAGCUCAGAUGCUAGAACCAAGUUUUCUUUCUUGCCCAGGCCCCCGAACUCCGUAUUCUCUUCCCUUCAGCCACCUCUUAUUCCAACUAUAGUGACCCUUUGAGUGUAACAAUCAAGCAUGGUAGGCCCUACUUGAAUCUUGCCUACAGGGGUUCCUAUUUGCAGAACCAAUUCUCUUGGGCUUCUGGACCACCCUCCCGACGUGCUAGCCACAUACUGUUGCCCUUACCUAACCAAGCUGACACACAUGUGCACUUGUAACCUACACUCCCUACAAGACCUCCUCUGUUCAUUCUUGUCUUCCCCUGCACCUUCUCCCAGUCUGCAAGUGAGUUCUUGUAAUCCCCUAGGUCCAAAGAAAUACAACUAAUCUUCCUGCUAGGGCUGCCCCAUGGUCCCUUAAGGAUUGCUGCUGCCAAACACUUCUCAAACACUGUCCUUGCCCUUGGUACAUGGUAGGCUCUUCUUAAAAUGCAGUGCAAAUAUCAGCUCAUGUAACUCUCCCAGUGGCAGUUCUGGGUCGCUGCUUAUGUUGGCCUGGUCUGCUUUAAAAAGAGCAGAGACACAGAAACAAGGUCUUUCUCCAAGACUGCAGCUUCUUAGACCAGGAGGAACGAUCUAAGGCUUGGAAGCUGGGUCCUGGGUUCAACAGAUGCACCCUUCCUGCCUCUCAAAAACAAACAAACAAACAAACAAUAAAAGAAGAAAAGAAAGAAAAAAAACUAAAAAAUCUCCCAGGCUUUUGGUCAUGGGUGCAGAGGACUCUGUGGUGUGUGUGUGCGUGCGCGCGCACCAUUGCAUAAGGGGCUUUCUACAUCAUUAGGCAAUCAUCCUCCACUCCUCUGCCCCUAAACAUCCUCUUUAUUGAGAGGAUGGGCCAGUAGGGCCUGUCUUGCUUCAUUAUGUCCCUCAACCACCAUUGUGAGAAGCAAAAUUUGCUAUCUCUGAACUUCCAACUCAGAAACUCUCCAGUUAAUAAGAGAGGGUCUUGAUUCCUCUUCCCUGCCUUGGUGCCCAGCCUUCUGCCGAUUAACCAAGCACCUGACCUAGCUCAUGGAAAUCCAGAGCUAGGGUACAUUUUGCAUCCAGAGGCUCUGUCCUUUGGGAUAGGCUCUCCUGUCCCUCCUCUUCCUCAUUAGGGUAACUAUUUUGCAGCCCAGGUCUCUCCUAGUACAGUGCUGCCUGGGCCCUCUCCACCUCCAAUCUAUUCUCCCUGAUAGAAGGCCUCUGGUCUGUCUCCUCCCUAGGGCCCAGCCCUGCCCCUCUCCUUUCCCUGCCACAGCAUUUUUGCUGCUCCUCUCCCCCAGCGCGUCUUUACCAAGAGGCACUGAAGUCCUUCCUACACACACGCUAUUUUUGUACCAUCACUCUCUCCUUCCUCUCCCCCUUCCCCCUGCAUUUACUUCCUGCUUUUGCUAUACCUCGGGGCCAGCUAGGAAAGAUUUGGGCCCCUAGGACUCACGCCCACCCGGAGGCCGACCUUCGGCUUUGGGACACACAAGCAGGGCCUCUCGGGGAGGGGCAGAAAGCAAACCUCCCCGCCCCCUCCACUCUCCACCCUUGCAAGCUCCCCUGCCGCGGGCAGCCUCUUGCCCACUGGAGUCUAAGGACUGGCCGGGUGAGAGGCCGAGACCAGGGGGCGAUCGGCCGCCACUUCCCCAGUCCACCUUAAGAGGACCAAGUAGCCAGCCCGCCGCGCCGACCUCAGAAAAACAAGUUUGCGCAAAGUGGUGCGCGGCCAGCCUCUGGGCAGAGGGAGCGGUGCUUCCACCGCCUGGCAGCCCUGCGCGCGGCGGCGCAGCCGCGGCCCAUGGAGCCCGCCGGCCCGGCCCCUGGCCGCCUAGGGCCGCUGCUGCUCUGCCUGCUGCUCUCCGCGUCCUGUUUCUGUACAGAAGUACAUCAAGAUGGGCUCAUGCUACACAUUUCACAGAAAUGAAGGCCAUCAAAAACCCUGUCCAUGCUAAAGCCACAACUCCACAGCAUUUGGCAGAGGGAGCCACGGGGAAGGAACUGAAGGUGACUCAGCCUGAGAAAUCAGUGUCUGUUGCUGCUGGGGAUUCGACCGUUCUGAACUGCACUUUGACCUCCUUGUUGCCGGUGGGACCCAUUAGGUGGUACAGAGGAGUAGGGCCAAGCCGGCUGUUGAUCUACAGUUUCGCAGGAGAAUACGUUCCUCGAAUUAGAAAUGUUUCAGAUACUACUAAGAGAAACAAUAUGGACUUUUCCAUCCGUAUCAGUAAUGUCACCCCAGCAGAUGCUGGCAUCUACUACUGUGUGAAGUUCCAGAAAGGAUCAUCAGAGCCUGACACAGAAAUACAAUCUGGAGGGGGAACAGAGGUCUAUGUACUCGCCAAACCUUCUCCACCGGAGGUAUCCGGCCCAGCAGACAGGGGCAUACCUGACCAGAAAGUGAACUUCACCUGCAAGUCUCAUGGCUUCUCUCCCCGGAAUAUCACCCUGAAGUGGUUCAAAGAUGGGCAAGAACUCCACCCCUUGGAGACCACCGUGAACCCUAGUGGAAAGAAUGUCUCCUACAACAUCUCCAGCACAGUCAGGGUGGUACUAAACUCCAUGGAUGUUAAUUCUAAGGUCAUCUGCGAGGUAGCCCACAUCACCUUGGAUAGAAGCCCUCUUCGUGGGAUUGCUAACCUGUCUAACUUCAUCCGAGUUUCACCCACCGUGAAGGUCACCCAACAGUCCCCGACGUCAAUGAACCAGGUGAACCUCACCUGCCGGGCUGAGAGGUUCUACCCCGAGGAUCUCCAGCUGAUCUGGCUGGAGAAUGGAAACGUAUCACGGAAUGACACGCCCAAGAAUCUCACAAAGAACACGGAUGGGACCUAUAAUUACACAAGCUUGUUCCUGGUGAACUCAUCUGCUCAUAGAGAGGACGUGGUGUUCACGUGCCAGGUGAAGCACGACCAACAGCCAGCGAUCACCCGAAACCAUACCGUGCUGGGAUUUGCCCACUCGAGUGAUCAAGGGAGCAUGCAAACCUUCCCUGAUAAUAAUGCUACCCACAACUGGAAUGUCUUCAUCGGUGUGGGCGUGGCGUGUGCUUUGCUCGUAGUCCUGCUGAUGGCUGCUCUCUACCUCCUCCGGAUCAAACAGAAGAAAGCCAAGGGGUCAACAUCUUCCACACGGUUGCACGAGCCCGAGAAGAACGCCAGGGAAAUAACCCAGGUACAGUCUUUGAUCCAGGACACAAAUGACAUCAACGACAUCACAUACGCAGACCUGAAUCUGCCCAAAGAGAAGAAGCCCGCACCCCGGGCCCCUGAGCCUAACAACCACACAGAAUAUGCAAGCAUUGAGACAGGCAAAGUGCCUAGGCCAGAGGAUACCCUCACCUAUGCUGACCUGGACAUGGUCCACCUCAGCCGGGCACAGCCAGCCCCCAAGCCUGAGCCAUCUUUCUCAGAGUAUGCUAGUGUCCAGGUCCAGAGGAAGUGAAUGGGGCUGUGGUCUGUACUAGGCCCCAUCCCCACAAGUUUUCUUGUCCUACAUGGAGUGGCCAUGACGAGGACAUCCAGCCAGCCAAUCCUGUCCCCAGAAGGCCAGGUGGCACGGGUCCUAGGACCAGGGGUAAGGGUGGCCUUUGUCUUCCCUCCGUGGCUCUUCAACACCUCUUGGGCACCCACGUCCCCUUCUUCCGGAGGCUGGGUGUUGCAGAACCAGAGGGCGAACUGGAGAAAGCUGCCUGGAAUCCAAGAAGUGUUGUGCCUCGGCCCAUCACUCGUGGGUCUGGAUCCUGGUCUUGGCAACCCCAGGUUGCGUCCUUGAUGUUCCAGAGCUUGGUCUUCUGUGUGGAGAAGAGCUCACCAUCUCUACCCAACUUGAGCUUUGGGACCAGACUCCCUUUAGAUCAAACCGCCCCAUCUGUGGAAGAACUACACCAGAAGUCAGCAAGUUUUCAGCCAACAGUGCUGGCCUCCCCACCUCCCAGGCUGACUAGCCCUGGGGAGAAGGAACCCUCUCCUCCUAGACCAGCAGAGACUCCCUGGGCAUGUUCAGUGUGGCCCCACCUCCCUUCCAGUCCCAGCUUGCUUCCUCCAGCUAGCACUAACUCAGCAGCAUCGCUCUGUGGACGCCUGUAAAUUAUUGAGAAAUGUGAACUGUGCAGUCUUAAAGCUAAGGUGUUAGAAAAUUUGAUUUAUGCUGUUUAGUUGUUGUUGGGUUUCUUUUCUUUUUAAUUUCUUUUUCUUUUUUGAUUUUUUUUCUUUCCCUUAAAACAACAGCAGCAGCAUCUUGGCUCUUUGUCAUGUGUUGAAUGGUUGGGUCUUGUGAAGUCUGAGGUCUAACAGUUUAUUGUCCUGGAAGGAUUUUCUUACAGCAGAAACAGAUUUUUUUCAAAUUCCCAGAAUCCUGAGGACCAAGAAGGAUCCCUCAGCUGCUACUUCCAGCACCCAGCGUCACUGGGACGAACCAGGCCCUGUUCUUACAAGGCCACAUGGCUGGCCCUUUGCCUCCAUGGCUACUGUGGUAAGUGCAGCCUUGUCUGACCCAAUGCUGACCUAAUGUUGGCCAUUCCACAUUGAGGGGACAAGGUCAGUGAUGCCCCCCUUCACUCACAAGCACUUCAGAGGCAUGCAGAGAGAAGGGACACUCGGCCAGCUCUCUGAGGUAAUCAGUGCAAGGAGGAGUCCGUUUUUUGCCAGCAAACCUCAGCAGGAUCACACUGGAACAGAACCUGGUCAUACCUGUGACAACACAGCUGUGAGCCAGGGCAAACCACCCACUGUCACUGGCUCGAGAGUCUGGGCAGAGGCUCUGACCCUCCACCCUUUAAACUGGAUGCCGGGGCCUGGCUGGGCCCAAUGCCAAGUGGUUAUGGCAACCCUGACUAUCUGGUCUUAACAUGUAGCUCAGGAAGUGGAGGCGCUAAUGUCCCCAAUCCCUGGGGAUUCCUGAUUCCAGCUAUUCAUGUAAGCAGAGCCAACCUGCCUAUUUCUGUAGGUGCGACUGGGAUGUUAGGAGCACAGCAAGGACCCAGCUCUGUAGGGCUGGUGACCUGAUACUUCUCAUAAUGGCAUCUAGAAGUUAGGCUGAGUUGGCCUCACUGGCCCAGCAAACCAGAACUUGUCUUUGUCCGGGCCAUGUUCUUGGGCUGUCUUCUAAUUCCAAAGGGUUGGUUGGUAAAGCUCCACCCCCUUCUCCUCUGCCUAAAGACAUCACAUGUGUAUACACACACGGGUGUAUAGAUGAGUUAAAAGAAUGUCCUCGCUGGCAUCCUAAUUUUGUCUUAAGUUUUUUUGGAGGGAGAAAGGAACAAGGCAAGGGAAGAUGUGUAGCUUUGGCUUUAACCAGGCAGCCUGGGGGCUCCCAAGCCUAUGGAACCCUGGUACAAAGAAGAGAACAGAAGCGCCCUGUGAGGAGUGGGAUUUGUUUUUCUGUAGACCAGAUGAGAAGGAAACAGGCCCUGUUUUGUACAUAGUUGCAACUUAAAAUUUUUGGCUUGCAAAAUAUUUUUGUAAUAAAGAUUUCUGGGUAACAAUAA